AUGACUGGUGACCAGGGGGACCAGGGACCACAGACCUGGUGGCGGCGGCGGCGCCGCUCCAUCUCCCGGGCCCGCCAGGUGGAGCUGCUGCUGGUGGCCGACGCGUCCAUGGCGCGGCUGUACGGCCGGGGCCUGCAGCAUUACUUGCUGACCUUGGCCUCCAUCGCCAACCGGCUGUACAGCCACGCCAGCAUCGAGAACCACAUCCGCCUGGCCGUGGUGAAGGUGGUGGUGCUGGGCGACAAGGACAAGAGCCUGGAGGUGAGCAAGAACGCGGCCACCACGCUCAAGAACUUCUGCAAGUGGCAGCACCAGCACAACCAGCUGGGGGACGACCACGAGGAGCACUACGAUGCCGCCAUCCUCUUUACUCGCCAGGAUUUAUGUGGGCAUCAUUCAUGUGACACCCUGGGAAUGGCAGACGUUGGGACCAUAUGUUCUCCGGAGCGCAGCUGUGCUGUGAUUGAAGACGAUGGCCUCCACGCAGCUUUCACUGUGGCUCACGAAAUUGGACAUCUCCUUGGCCUCUCCCAUGACGAUUCCAAAUUCUGUGAAGAGAACUUUGGCUCCACAGAAGAUAAGCGCUUAAUGUCCUCCAUCCUAACCAGCAUCGAUGCAUCCAAGCCCUGGUCCAAAUGUGCCUCAGCCACCAUCACAGAAUUCCUGGACGAUGGCCACGGUAACUGUUUGCUAGACCUGCCUCGCAAGCAGAUCCUGGGCCCCGAAGAGCUCCCGGGACAGACCUACGAUGCCACCCAGCAGUGCAACCUGACCUUCGGGCCCGAGUACUCGGUGUGCCCGGGCAUGGACGUCUGCGCCCGCCUCUGGUGCGCCGUGGUGCGCCAGGGCCAGAUGGUGUGUCUGACCAAGAAGCUGCCCGCCGUGGAAGGGACCCCGUGUGGGAAAGGGAGGAUCUGCCUGCAGGGCAAGUGUGUGGACAAAACCAAGAAAAAAUAUUAUUCGACAUCAAGCCAUGGCAACUGGGGGUCCUGGGGGUCCUGGGGCCAGUGUUCCCGCUCAUGUGGGGGAGGAGUCCAAUUUGCCUAUCGCCACUGCAAUAACCCAGCACCCAGAAACAGUGGCCGCUACUGCACAGGAAAGAGGGCCAUCUACCGAUCCUGCAGUGUUAUGCCCUGCCCUGCAAAUGGUAAAUCUUUUCGUCAUGAGCAGUGUGAGGCCAAAAACGGAUAUCAGUCUGAUGCCAAAGGAGUCAAAACAUUUGUGGAAUGGGUUCCCAAGUACGCCGGCGUCCUGCCGGGGGACGUGUGCAAGCUGACCUGCAGGGCCAAGGGCACCGGCUACUAUGUGGUGUUUUCUCCAAAGGUGACCGAUGGAACGGAAUGUAGGCCGUACAGUAAUUCCGUCUGCGUCCGGGGGAAAUGUGUGCGGACUGGCUGUGAUGGCAUCAUUGGCUCAAAGCUGCAGUAUGACAAGUGUGGAGUGUGUGGAGGAGACAACUCCAGUUGCACGAAGAUUAUUGGAACCUUCAACAAAAAAAGUAAGGGUUACACUGACGUUGUGAGGAUCCCCGAAGGGGCAACGCACAUAAAAGUCCGACAGUUCAAAGCCAAAGACCAGACCAGAUUCACUGCCUACUUAGCCCUGAAGAAGAAAAACGGUGAGUACCUCAUCAACGGCAAGUACAUGAUCUCCACUUCGGAAACCAUCGUCGACCUCAACGGAACGGUCAUGAACUACAGCGGCUGGAGCCACCGGGACGACUUCUUGCACGGGAUGGGCUACGCCGCCACCAAGGAAAUUCUCAUCGUGCAGAUUCUUGCGACAGACCCGACGAAAGCACUCGAUGUCCGUUACAGCUUUUUUGUUCCCAAGAAGUCCACGCUGAAAGGAAACUCUGUGACUAACCACGGCAGCAAUAAAGUGGGCUCGCACGCCCCGCAGCUGCAGUGGGUGACGGGCCCGUGGCUCGCCUGCUCUCGGUCCUGUGACACGGGCUGGCACACCCGGACGGUGCAGUGCCAGGAUGGGAACCGCAAAUUAGCGAAGGGAUGUCUUCUCUCCCAGAGGCCUUCCGCGUUUAAGCAGUGUCUGCUCAAGAAAUGCUAGCCUGCGGGCCUGCUCUGAUGCAGAGCUAACUGGAUGAGUCAUCGCCCAUCAGUCCUGGUGGGCAGGAGGUCCGCCUCGGGCACAGAAGGUCACGCUUCAGAGUCAUUGCCAGCAGGGGUCCAAUUAUGGGCAGAAUCUGCGACAGACGACGGUGUGCACCAUGUCGUGGGACAGUGGCGACCCCGGAAUACAGAAAAAACUCGGGAGCUGGUCAACAUCCCCUGGGCCUACGAGAAUGAACAAACAUGAUGAAUGUAGAAUCAGGCGACAUUUGAAGAAGGCAGAACAAGAGUCUCCCCCUUGUCACCUACCUCUUACAGAAUGUCUUCAAAGGCACUGUAGUCAUUUUCACCCACAAUACACAGUAGCUUCUUUUUACUGUUUGUAAAUACAUUCUCCCUUGGUAUGUCACUUUAUAUCACUUGGUUCUAUUAAAAAAUAUAUAUGUACAUAUAUAUAUAUAUUUCUAUAAAAAAAAAAAAGUGCUUGACCAAAGUAGGUCUGCAGCUAUUUCAACUCCUUCCAGUUUCUGGAAAGAGCUGUGGAUGUUUUACUGGAAAUUUAAGACCUUGCUGCUGUUUUAAUAAGACUUAGUAAACUUUCAGACAACAGGAGAUCACAUUUUAGUCAAAAAUCAUUUUGACGGCAAGCAUCUUCUAGAAAUUCCGAAAAGGAAAAGGAUCUCAGUGUAUCUAGUCAUUUAAAUACAUACACGGGUCCAUCUGCUUAAACAUUUGAUGGCCUGUAUUUUUUUCAGGCAGACAGCCAAAUUAUUGCAUCAUUAGGUUGUAGAAAUAGUGUUUGCGUGUGUGUAUGUUAUUGGUAUUCACGAGUCUAAAAAUUAGUUCCCUCCUGUUAGAAUUUAAAAGGAGGAAAAAAUCACACUCCACCAUAUUUUCCAUGUAUAUUUUCACAAUUGCUUUCCCUUUCCGUGGCUCUCAUCUGGUAUCUCACAAUGUGUAAUAUAUAUGAAAUACACCCAGCAAAGAGUUUUCUAAUCACAUUCAGCACUCUCACUACUGGUAUGCCUCUUACCAGCAAGCCUUUAAAAAUGUGUUUGUUUUUGCGUAUUUGUUUUGUUCAAAGGUUGGGUGAGAUCGUCAAGGUUUUCUACUUCUUGUUGACUUAGUUUAAUAGGAAUAUUAAAGAUCACUUGGUAGUUAGCUACAUCUAGAAGUGAUUACCAUUAAUGUGGCUAGUGCAAAAAAAAAAGUGGUUAUUAAUAAGACUGUUUCCACACCAUAUAGGCAAUAAUUUCUUGCAUUUAAAAAAAAAUCCAAGUAUACUGAUAUUGCACUUAAGAUUUUUCCCAAUUGGAAAGCAUUUGGUUGUACAAGUACGUGUUUAAGUGAUGAAAUAUGAUGAUUUUUGAGAAGUGUGUUGCUUUUAUUUUCAUAGCCUGUCUAGACAGGUUGUAAGUUUUAAUAGUUAGACAUGGAAAAUUUUUGCAAUCAGAUGCCAGGAAUCUCUUUUUAGAUAGUAAACUGUAUCCCUUCACCCCAUAGCUCAGAAAAUCUGAAGUGUUUCAUUUCAUUUGGAUUUUGUUUUCUUUGUGAAAUAUCACAAAGCCAAUUGUUUUUAUAAAAUUGUAUAAUAAUAAUACCAAAUGUGCCUAUUGUGAAGAUUUGCAUAUAAGGAUAUUAGGGGACCAUUGUUUGAGUUCCCUUAAGCUCAUGAGAGUUUAUUUUUAUUAUAAGAUAUUUUUAAUAUAAAAUAAUUAUGUAAUUCAUCUUGCUACAUCACAUUCAUUUCAGUGGGUCUCACUGUUUUAAGUAUUUUCUUAAGAAAUUAUUUGGUAGAAGAAAUAAUUAUUUUACAAAACUGAUCGCCAUCAUUUGGAUUUUUAUAAACUGACUUUGCUUUAGAUGUGGUAAUAUUUUCUUAAUAAAUUAUCAGUUGGAGAAAUGAGGCCUAUACAAGCCAGGUAACCUACAUUUGAUGGAGGUCAACCAGAUAUCAGGGACAGGGAACAAAACUAUUCAGAGUAGUCAGGAAAAAAAUUAAAAUCACACUGACCAUUUGACUAUGCAGAGAGAAUUAUUAGAGAGGCCAACAUUAUUUUUUACAAAUUUCAAAAUAAUUUUAAUCAAGUAAUUCAAUUUUGACAAAGUUUGAUUUUAUCUUUUGUGGGUAUAUUGACGGCAACAUUAAAAGAUAAUUGAAGAGCAAACAUGAUUGUCUCCUACUCUGCUUGUCUAUACUGGAUUCAUAGAUUUUUAAUACGAUUUAUCAAUGAUUCAUUUCCCCCCAAAUAAUGAACUUUUACACUUUUGAUUUGAACAAUCCUAGAAAGCUUAGAAUGAAUAAACCACUAUUCCAUGAUUUUAAGGAAGUUUCUUUAUUUUAUUUUUUUGGUGUUUAUUUUUUGUUGUUGUUUUGUUUUUACAUGAGUAUCAAUAGAUUGACUAAGGAAUGUAUGUCUAAACUCCUGAUAUAAGUGAUAUAGACUGGAAACUGAAGUCAGAUAAAUUGAGUGUUUGAUGGAUAUAAGGAAUGAUAAGCAAAGGGAAAAUCCUCUAUAACACAACCUAGUUCAGUCCAGUUUGACUUAGGACUAUUCCUUUCACUUAUGGCAGUUGCAUAUUGAAUAAAGAAUCUGGGAUUCGUGAUGCUAGAGGCUGCUUCCUAAAAAAGUUUGUCUGAAAAUGCUCAGAUUAGUAAGAACUUAACCUCACUCAUAAACUAAACAGUCCAGAUUAAGUUUUAUUAAAUAAAAGGUAGCCCAGAAAAAAAAAUAGCAUUUAUUUCUUCUAGAACAGUAAAGGUCAAAUUAAGCCCUGCCUUGUUUUUUAGGGACUUAAGGGCAUUGGUUGAAUUUAUUCAACGAAUUCAAUUUACUUUGCCUUCCUGUGGAAACAGUUUUAUCACAUUAAACUAAGAAUUAAGGGAUUAAUCACAAACAAACAAAGUUGCAGCACUGAAAAAAAAGUAAUUUAUUGUUUUUGCAACUGGUAUGUGAAUUUGUGUGAUAAAAUUAUUUAUUCUUAUUUAACAAAAAUAUGUGCAAAUUCUAUAUUUAAAAUGUUUUGCUGUUGUCCUCUUUUUUAAUUUAUGCUUCAUGUUUGUGUAUGAAGUACACUUUGUGAGUUUACAUAAUAUACAGCACUGUUUGCUUUUGUAUUUUUUUACAGAGAGCUUUCUGUGUGAAACAGGUGUAUAUGUAUAUAUUCCUCAUGCCUCUUUAUUCUGAUACUAUAGCUUUCCUUUCUAAGAACAUUAAUUUAAUAUUUCAUGACCAGUAGUGUUCAUUAGUUGUAGUUAUAUUAACAAGUCUUUUGGGUUCCAUAAAUACUGAUUUUUCCAAGUCAAAAAUAAAAACAAACACUUAUUUAAGUAACUUUGGUCCAAGUUUUAAACUUGGGUACAUAGAUAACCUGGAAGCUUCCCACUGAAGCUGAGACACAGUUGAGAAUCAGGUCUAUCAUUUCACUGAUAAACCUGGACAAAGAGUUGUUGAUGAAAGUUGUAUACACACAACCUCCAAGUGAUAUCAAUGAUAAUAAAACCAAAUAUUGCCUUUUGCUGCUUUAAAAAUUAAUAUCACUUAGUCUCUAGAAUCUAUAGAUUCUGUAGAUGAGAGUAAAUAAAUUGGAUUUAAUUGACUCCACUGUUAGCAGUCCUAACUGGUUCUACAAAUAUGGGGUCUAAUUUGAUAAAGGGUGACGUUUUACUCCUACCAAUGUCUCUCAUGGAGUGAUAACAGGGCUUGGGACAGGCAGGGACCUCUCAGGUCACAUCAGCUUACCCCUGACUAUGACUUCACAGUCUGGUCACAGCAAUAAGGCAAAGCAUCCUUGGACACACAAUUGACCAGAUCAAGCUCUGGCUCUAAUGUUUUUCCCAUUGACUCCUUCCAUAUUAUCAGGGACAUUUGUUGUGGUUUAGAUGAGGAUAGCAGCCAAAUUUAACAAAGCUCAGGACUUGUGCCAUGACUUAAAGUUCACUGUUUGUGAAAUAAGAUUGAAUGUGAUAAUGACCAAAUUUUGCUGAUAGUUUGUGGCUGAGUGUGAAAUCUCAUUGGCAGGAUUGGUGAAUACUACCACCCUAUUUAUAAUUAAACUUGAGACCAUAAGAAUACCUUAUAUUUUUAACAUUUCAAAGCUACAAAAUAAAUGAAUAACCAUGAGUACAGAAAUGAGGAUCCAAAGCUGUAAUAGAACCAAGUUCUGGGUCAAGGUGAUCUAUCAUUUAGACACGCAGAAAAGGAACUUGGAUGUUUUCUCUAUUAUUUUUUUUCAUUCACCAACAACCUGUCGUUUUAGAUUGUCUAACAAGUAGAUCAACUUAACUCACUAGUCCACUGGAAAAAAAAGCAGUCUUUCUAAGAGCUUCCUGCUAGCAGGAACUACAGAAAUGACUUCUCAAGUUAUAUCAUCAUGAAACACAUCAAUCGAUAACUCAUAAUUGUGUUCUGGUCAAUUAAUGUAUGGGAACAUAAUGAAAUUAAACCCAUGCAUUAGUGAAAUAAUACAAAGAAAUAGACAUGGUGUUCAAUACAGAUUUUGUGGAAAAAUACAUAUUUUGUUAGAAGAUGCUGAUUUUACAAGAGAAUAGGAUUGAAAUGUAUGUGCUAGCUAACACAGUUAAUUGCACCUUCCUGAUAUACUAGCACUUUAGCAAUAAGUCUGCUGUUUGUGGUCUUUGUGCCAUAGCUCCAACUGGUCCAUGCAGACAGUCAUAGGUGGAUGAAAAAGCAAUAGUGGCCCCUCUCCCUAUAAGGCACUGUCACAUCAGAGUGAACCAAGUCUAACACUGUGAGAAAACUGUGAUUUAGAAAUAAAACAGGGCAUUCUCUUUUUUUUCCAUUUUCCUUUGGCACAUCUAAUAAACAAUGAUAAUUUUCUAUCGAGGUGCUAACAUCUUCAGUGAUCAACUAUCAAAUGUGGUAUUUCUGAGUUACUAUUUUAUUCUACGUGAUGUUUCAGUUUUCAAGAAAGAACUAAGUUUUGUUUUGGCUUUUCUGUUUUUGUCAAGGCUGGGCAUACCUUGAUACUCAAAGUUAAGGGAGUUGCAUCUAAUGGUCAUUCUGAUCAGCAGGGUACAGUGACACAAGCUGUAUGUACAUCGAAGAUGUUUCGGGUGACAUCAAAACUUGAAGAGUAGCAAGCUGGAGGAGCUGACUUUUAGAAGUCAUGUUUCAUCCUUUACUAAGACAUCAGAAUUCGUCUAAAACAUUCCUUUUCAACACACUUAUUUGGUUCUUAGACACAAACAAAUGUCUAUGUAUAUUUGACCUGACUUUGUUUAAGCUUUGCAACAUUUUUCGUCUAUAGUAAACACUUAGCUGCUGUAUCUCAGUCUUUGCUUUAAUAAUUCACAACAUAUUAGAAACACUCCGCCCCACACCGAGAGCAUAUUGAGACAAGAGCACGCUCUGUGUACUUUGUGAGACUAGACUUUUGACUAAGAAAUGCCUAGUCCUCUGGAUGGUGUGUUUGCAUUAUACAUUAAGCAUGACAUAAAUGUCGGAGUUGACAAACACUGCUUACAUGUUAGUAUCACAUAUUUGUCAGAGAAAAUCAUGCACAUGCUUUGUAAAUAGAUUGCCGAUAACUAAACAGGUUGUAGAAAUAUGUUCAAUUUGAUGUGAGCAGUGGCACAAAUAUUUGAUUUCUGUAUUCAAGUCUGUGAAUAUAUUCAGGUAAUAAAUCUAAGUAGGUAGAGCUGAGUAUUUUUAAUUCUUGAAAGGUGCUUGCAAGAUAGAAUAAAACAUUGAAGAUUUACAUGUAUAUAAGCAGUAAAAUGCAAACUGCUUAUGAGCCCUGUUUUUCCAGAAGUAAUGACAUCUUUCUGUAAAUAUAAUGCAGUUGAAAAAGCAAAAAAUCUUUGACAUCUAAGACAGAUCUCAUUUAAAAUGUCUCUUCAGCUUUGGCAAAUGUCAAACCGGAAUCGACUAUUGAAAGCAUUACUGUGCCCUAUAGCCUGCAUUCCACAACAGCUCUGUUAUUCGGGUAAAGCACUUGAACUGAGUCAUUUGGGACCUAUACUGUAAUAUUUUUCAUGGAGGAACAAUAUCCUAUUUUGUAAAGCAUUUCCCUAUGUGUGACUUCAAACUGUAAAAUUAAACAUUGGCUUUGUGGUUUCAGUGAGCAUAAUAAAUGUAAACUGUAAACUAGGGUAAA